CUUCGCAAUGCACGAGCAUGUCCUGGCUGCCCGGGCGGCUGCCGACGCCAUGUUCCCAGGCGAGCUCGAGUUGUGCGCGUUUUAUCUGGAUGAUGGCGUCGCGGGGGGGACAGCUCGGGCUGCGUCGGCUUUCUGUUGCCAGCUCAAACACCGUUUGGCUGGGAUCGGCCUGGAGCUGACGCCUUCGAAAUGCGAGGUCGUCCCGACGGCCAGCCAGCACCAGUUGCCCACAGAUGCGUUCCCUGGGUUCACGUGGCACGCGGAUGGCAACUUCAAGCUCCUUGGCGCGGCCUUCGGGACCGAGGCCCUCAGGCUUUGCUCGCUGGACCUGCGGAGCGGCCUGGAGGUCCUGGCGGAGGCGGAGCUCACGGACCACGCGUGGUUGCAAGCGCAGCUGAGUAUCGCGAAUGGCGGCCUCGGGCUGCGUGGCGCAGCGGUGCACGCCCCAGCGGCGUGCGUCUCGUCUGUCUGGUCGUGCCGGAGCCUCUGCGCACGUAUCGACCCCAACUUCGACGCCAUCUGCGAUGGCGGCGAUUUCGCGGCGGCUCUCGCUGCCCCCAGGGGGAGCUGCUUGGAGGCGGCCAGCUUGCAUCUGCCAGAGGGCGCUGUCCGGCAGAAGGAACUCUCGGCCCUCAUCGACGGCCAACUGAAGACCCAGCUCAGGGCGGAG